AUGUCUGAUCGCUGGCUUUGCCAGCUUCUCCGCGACUCUCUCCCAGACCACUUCGCACAAUGCGCCGAACUAGCCAAAGAUUUUGAGUCCGCCCUUUCCUCUUUUGAGGCUGGUCAGUCCAUCGACCUUGACCCUCUAAUCACGUCGGUUCACCGCCAUCUUGCGUCAACACCGUCCUUUGGCUGGCGUCAGCUUCACACAGAUGCUUGCAUGCUUGCCGCACUGUCUUCCCCACCAUUAACCGCCAUUGCCAAGCUCGAUACAGCCAUCAUUGUCUCAGGGGCUGCUGACCGCCUUGAUAUCGUGCUCGACCUGAUUGAGCGAAUUCAGUCGGAUAACCUGCUUCGUGAGCCCUUCAAAGGCUCUUCCUACGUGUUCCCACUCCCAGAAGUGGAGCCACUUACAGCUCCUACCAUCCCCUUGCUUGAGGCAUUACCCUCUUUCACUGCUUUCCAAUCAAACAAGCACCAAUAUCCAUUCGUCGUCCGUAAUUACGCAUCGCAUUGGCCAGCGCUCAAUGAACAUCCUUGGGCAUCAACAGAAUAUCUGAUUUCGGCUGCUGGUCGAGGCCGUGUUGUGCCCGUUGAAGUUGGGCGAGACUAUCGAACAGACGAUUGGUCGCAGAAGCUCGUGGAAUGGGAUACAUUUUUGGCCUUGCUGGACGACUCAACUGCCGAACCAUUGUACCUGGCACAACACAGUCUUUUGAUGCAGUUUCCCUCAUUGCGUGCCGACAUUCAAGUCCCUGACUACGUGUACGCCACUCUCCCUCGCCCUUCAGGCUGCGAGCCUCCGGGGAAUGAUGACCAGCUGGUCAUCAAUGCGUGGUUUGGACCCAGAGAUACCGUCUCCCCAGCUCAUACUGACCCUUAUUACAACAUGUAUGUACAAGUCGUGGGACGUAAAAGAGUCUGGCUGGCGCCGUCGAACUGUGAACGUGGAAUGUACGCUGAUGGCAACACUUCCGCCGUUGACGUCUUCUCACCGGAUCGCAAGAAGCAUCCGGACUUUGAGGACUUUGUCGCUGGCCAGGGCAUGACCGCCCUUCUUGACCCAGGAGAUUUGUUGUAUAUACCAGCCAAAUGGUGGCACGCUAUGCGCUCUGAAGCGGCUCGUAGUUUUUCAAUCUCAAUGUUGCUGUUGGACUUGGAGGCGAGCACAGAUUUUGUGACAAGCGUGACUGGCACUCUCUCUCAUGCUAUGCCCGUUGUCGACUCGUUCUUGCCGCCGUCGCAGCCAUUGAGCAAGCCCCCGCCAUCUACAAUGUCUCCCGCAUCCCAGGCGCUGACUCCGGAGCACAUUGCGGACGCAUUAGCUCAGUCUAAUGAUGGCGGCGCCACUCUUGUCUUCCUCAAGAAGAACCUCACCAAUAUUGGCGAGGAGGCGGCAGAGGAGUUGGCAACAUUGGGUCGAGAGACACCAGAAGAUGAGAGUCUGGUAGAGCGCAUGGCGCUCGGCCACAACCGUUUGACGACCCUACCGACGGCCUUCGCUCUACUAUCGCGUCUUCGGUAUCUAAACCUGAAGAACAACCUGUUCACGGUCUUUCCUGAUGUUCUUACCCUCCUUCCUGCGCUCGACACUCUUGACAUCAGCCACAACAAGAUUAAACGCCUCCCUACGCAGCCUGGAAAGCUGCUCAACCUCCGUGUAUUCUGCCUUGCUCGCAACAAGCUAACCCGCCUCCCCAUUUAUAUCUCCAAGUUCUACAAACUGGAGGUACUACAGCUCGAACGCAACCCUAUCGACUGGCCGCCGAAGUCCGUUGUCACGCAACCCGAAUCGCCCCAGGCAAUGCGGGAUUGGAUUCGCAGCGUGCAAAAGUGGAUAGAAGCCGAGACCUCACGUCCACGAAUACAUGAUGAUUCGGGUUUCAGCGAGCAAGAGUUGGAGAACAAUAUUGAGGACAGUUACAACUCAUGGAGCAAUUUCACACCCGUUACGGACAAGGAGUUUGAUGGUGGUUUGACCCCACAUGCUCGCUCGUUUUCGAUCGACUCGACAUUUUCCGCGUCUUCAUUGGCUGAAUCCGAGUCAGCCCAAGAAGACACGCGCCCAUCUUUUGACGACCGACCACCUCCUUUACAUCUUGGCAUGCUGGGAUCUUUCAGUCCCCAAACAUCUCCUACUCAUUCAUUCGAAAGCUAUCUUCCUAGCCCAGCAGACUCUGACAAAUUCUUUGACGAGCCUGUCCAUCCUCCGCGAACCGAUUCGCUGCGAAACGCCAACCCCGAUCCAACGGCUCAUGCUCGCAAUGCCUCUUAUGCUAGUGGAAUCCGCGCUCGUGAUCGUGGGCCUACCCUUGGUGGAAAGAAGAGCAUGCCAGACCUGCGUACAGCCAAACUCAGUUUCUUGAAGAAGAUGCCCGAACUCCCCAAUAAGCACAACCACGAAGACUCGUUUCCCUCACCACAAUCGCUCCGCAAAGAUUCGGACUCGUCUGGCAGUUCUUCCGCUGCAGUCCGGUCAUUUACAAAGGAUUCAAUACAGGUUUCUCCAACAAGAACUGCCCCCGCACCUUCCAUGGCUUUUGAACGUAACUCGUAUUUCCGUCGCGUGUCGAAACUCCCAGCGUCAACCAUCUUCAGCACCCUCCCAGAAUCUCUCAUCAGCUUGAUGGAUUCUGCACGAAGCAUCUUGUUUGCCAUGUGUCAAGUUUAUCAGAGCCUCGAACACUACACAAUUCAUGCCCCGGACGACAGAUUGAAGACUGUCCUGCGUAAAGUGCUGGACCCUGCAAGCACAGACAUGAUGCAAUUCAUCAACGCGUUGGAUAAAUUCGACGCUAUGAGUCGAAAGAUGCAACCCUCCCACACAAUAUGUAGAGGAGUCGUUGAGAGUUGUCGUGAUACUGUGGCAUCGUUCGGGAAAGCAGUAGGAGUAUUGUCGCUCCAACUCAAGGUCAUUGCUGGCUCGGAUGAUGUCCGCUAUCUGCGUUCCAUGCUGCUCAUGUUAUACGGGGCGACAGCGGAGGUGGCAAAUGCGUGGCAAUCGAUGCAACCACAAAUUGAAACUAUUCGACCCUUGCUACAUCCCAAGGCUUUCCCGAUUUCGUCGCCGUUAAAUGGCAGUCCUGACGCCCACCCAUCACAAUAUCUCGGCACGUCGGACCAAUCACCUCCUCCUGUUCUACGAUCACAGAACGGACUGGGAACUGGGCGUACGCGAAUGGCACGGCGACAUGCGGGCUCGUUCAGUUUCAAGGAUAUCGAAAUUGGCAAGCAAUUACCGUCCUAUGAUGAACCUCCCCCAAUGAUUGGAGGUGUGGUUGCCGGAGUAGCCACCCAGACGCCAACUCUCCGAGCAAACAAGCGACAUCUGCCUGCUCCAUUUGCUGGAACAAUCACCGUUUCUUCUGCGUCUCCUCAAGAAGGCUCCUCGCGUGGGAAUCAGCAAAGCCAUUCUCGGAACGGCUCCCAAGCAUCUCUAUACGCUUCCUCGUCGUCAGCUUCAGCAUCGUCUUCCCCUUCGAUACCGUCAAAGGCACCAUAUUUAGAGCUGCCGACUUCAUCGAAGACUCAGGUUGACAAGGAGGCCCUGCAGGCGAUCCAGAGCGCUGUCGAGGUCGCGCCGACUGUUUGGGAUAUGAUAGAGGAGACCUUGGGAGAUGCGUUGGAUGCGGAAGUGAGAGAGAGCUUGGAGAGGGCCAGGACGGUUACGCGACGGUUGGCAGAAAUUACACGAGUAAUGCAAGAUGGGACAGAACUACCCGUAGACCGAAAGGUGUUGCGUGAAGACUCAAACCUGUUUUUGAAGACGGUGGUCCAUCUGUCCAACGUAAUCAAGCAGUAUGGCGGCGCACACUCUGCAACACUACGGAGUAACCUUGUCAAACUGACUAACUCGACGGAAGAAUUCGCGAUUCUGCUGCAUGUCUCCUCUUUCUCACCACUACCCACGAACACAUCAACAUCAGGCAACGGUCGUUCAUACUCGCCAAUGCCUGGCUCACCGGCGCCGAGCAUGAUCUCAGCUGUUUCUCCUGUGCAUCCGCCAGAGGAAUACCGAGUGGGGUCGAGUCUAUCAAGGAGUCGGUCAGCUCAACCAUCAGCAAGCUCGAAGCUUGCACAACCUUCCCAGGACCCGCCUCGAAGUGCAUUGCCUUCACAAACCUUCAACUUCAAAGCAAUGCCCCCAGCGCUGAAACGAGGGCGGUUGGCGGUUGGGGAGGCGGGAUGA